AUGAGUUUUUCUUCAAGACCCGUUUCAAGUCCGGGUCGAACCGAAAACCCGCCUCUACUUAUGCGGUUUUUACGAACCACGGCCGGAAGCAGAAGCAGACAUCGCUCCCGUUCUCGUCCCCGUUCAAAAAAACCUAUAUUUUUCCGGCGAAAAAACGCGACGGAGACGCAAGAACCGUCUUCGCCUAAAGUCACAUGCAUGGGUCAAGUAAGGAUAACCCGCUCCAAGAAACCCAAACCGGGAACUAACCGUGUCAACGGAGGUCACUUGCGUGGUGGUGCAAAUGAAAGUCGCCGGCGUAGACGGUGUGGAUGGGUCAAGAACGCGUUUUCUUGCCACCCUUUCUCCGGGAGACUAAAACCGACAUGUUUUACCCCUGCUUGGAGAAAAUGGAAGUCGUUUACUAAUGUUAGUUUCUCGAGGAAGUCAGAGAAGAGGUCAAGCUCCUCGAGGAGUGAACCUAUCUUCAGCCGCUCAACGGUGGAGCCUGAAGAAGCUGAGGAGGUUCGAAAGAAAGAACGUAAACAAGAAGAAGAAGAUGAAGAUUUGCCAGCUACUCCGCCAAGAAACGCUUUCUUACUUACUCGAUGCAGAUCUGCACCGUAUAGAUCUCCUUCAUUGGGUGAUAACUUCUUGGAAGAAGAGACAAAGGAAUCUCACUUCCAACGACAUGGUAAUGACGUCAUUGCAUCGCCGGAAAAUGUGUCGGUUUCGAGUGAGGUGAGUGAGGGAGUGAAACGGUGUGUUUUGGGAUCACCACGACGACAGUGUAUGGUACUCACGCGCUGUAAGUCGGAGCCUGCGAGGUUAGGAGAGAAACUAGUACCCGAGAACCGAAGGUUGGGAUACACGUAA